AUGGAAGACAGGGGAUACACGCCGAGUUUCAAGCCAAACUCCCCACAUAGCCGAAAGAACAAUACCUCCAAUGAUUAUUUUUCUUUACGUAGAUCCGGUGCACGAAAGAAUCCAAGUUUAUCUUCAACUUCGGGAGAGAAUAUGACAUCGAUAUCCACAGAGAGUUUCAAUUUGCCUAAGUACACCGUCAAUCGACCAUCAAGUCUGGGCUUCUUCUUGUCGCCAAUUUUGACAUCACCAUUGUCUUCUGGGCUAGACGAACUGACUCCCACCUCUCCAUCAUAUGCCAAUGUGCCUUUACCAUCAGCCUCAACCAAGGAGUCUUAUCACAAUGUUCUUCAGGAGUUGGAACGAUUUUCUUAUCCAAUAAGCAAUCAACCUGUUUUUCACCCACAUGAUAGUGACUUCAUAAAUGCUUCGAUGGCAGACAAAAGUCACUUAUUCGAUGGAAGUUUAAGUAAUAAUGAAUCCCUAGAAAAUAUUCUCCAAGAGUACAACAUAAAGGUGAAGUUGGACGUAGAGAAUCCCGCUGAUGUCAUAUCAUCAUAUAUAGCUAUUCAUCGAGACACAAAAAAUCUGGUUAUCAUCAGGUUCGCUCAUAAUUCAACUUUAGGAACUGUCUCCCGGUUAGUUAAUAGUUACUACAUUACAAGUGGCCUCAACAAUAGGGUUCCAAGAUGCGGAUUUCCUCAUUUUGUGGAGAAAUUGGAUUGGAAUUAUCGGCCAAAAACAUGCCCAUCGGAUAUGGAAGGGGUACUUCCAUGUACGAAAAUAAAUUUUGUGAACGACAAUUCAAGUAUAAUAGCAGUUCAUCCAAUUGGAGAAGAAGCUGUACCGUUGGUACUACUUGACAUAGGGAUCAAGAGUGAUAUUAUCAAGAUGAUGUUGAUAUUUUUCAACCUUUUGAAAAUACUUAAAAAGCUAAAUUGUUAUGGAGUAGUUGUGAAUUCAUUGACUUCUUCAAAUGUCUUGGUCAACCAGAAAACACUUGACGUAUAUCUAAUGGGAUUUGAUUUUGCAUUUUCUUCCUUUUUGGAAAAGAUUGAUUCUCCAUAUAGAGGUGUCAAUAAAACAUACUCUCAGACGUACCUACCCUUUACAGCUCCGGAGAAUUUCAAUCCUGUGUUGUCAGUUGAUUUUAGGGCUGACAUGUAUAGUGCAGGGUGCAUAUUUUAUUCGAUGUUAUCGGGUAGAAACUUAAAAGCCAUAAAUACGUCUCUGCUAAUCACCACUGUUCUCACAACAAAGUACCAGCCAUUACAUGAAAUAAACAAUACUAUUGACGUAAACUUUUCUAAAGUUAUAGCCAAGAUGACUGAAGUAGAUCCAAAUAAAAGGUAUUCAUCAUUUGAUCAUAUACUCCAUGACUUAUCCCUUAUUUACUUUGAGAAAACUUCCAGAGUAUUAUAUCAAGAGUACAAAACUACAACGUUUCUGAGAAUUCCAAUCACCAUUCCCUCAAAAGUAAUAGGAAGAGACUCUAUUAUGAAAAAGCUAAAUCAUCUAAUUCGUAAAAUAAGCGUUGAGUCUGUGACAUUAGUUGGCGAACAAGGUGUUGGAAAAACUACGAUUUUACAGCAUUUGAGACAAUCAUGUUCGAUUAAUAAAGUUUUCUAUUCUUAUUGGAAAUGCCACCCAAGGCAGUACUAUAACUCAAGAUUCCAGACAUUCGAGUUUUUAUUAAGCCAAAUUUUAAAAGAAAUUCUAGGAUUGGAAAGCUCGUGGAUAUUGUUUUGGAGAAAUCUUUUUACCACAGAGGUGAAAGCAGAUCUAUCGCUGUUGUUUGAUACGGUUCCCGAGAUGUACAAGUUACUUGGUAAACGCUACAAACAGCUAAGACGAUCCAAUAGUAAACAUUCUUUUUACCAGGAAGAGUUGGACCGUCAAUACAUAAUGAAAAAGUUGGUGGAAUUAUUUGCCAGACAUGCCGGUUGGGUUCUAGUUAUUGAGAAUAUUGAUGAAAUUUCAGAGAAUGAAGCUGUGCUGUUUGAACAAUUAUGGGACCAUUUUCAAUCCUUCGAACCAGAAGAGUUGAACUUCACAGUUUUAUCAUCUUAUACUGUUAAGAAGCAAGAGAACAUUGAAUGCGACCAAGAGAUUCCAGAAUUCCUGAAAAAGAAAAUUCUUAACUUAAAGCCAUUAACGUUUGAUAAUGUGGAAGAGACGGUGGGACUGUCCCUACAACUAUAUGAUAGUCAGUUUGCAUGGAAAAGGAUACAAUCGUAUAAUGCCAGGUUUUACUUUGAGCUCGCAGAUAGACCAAGCGUUACUGAACAACGAAGAGUAUUAGCUGAAUCAAUAUAUCGCAAAACCAGGGGAAACCCAUUGAUGGUCAAAGAAAUUUUGACUCAAGUUCAUUUUUCACAAAUGGAACAUGAAGAAGCAGUAGAUCCUGUUGAAAUUUACUACAAAACAUUUGCAAGAAGUAAACAUGAAGUUUUAUCUGGCAAUUUUUUAUUUGACUCAGUAAAUGAUCUUGGAUUAGGUGAUAGCAAAACAGUGGAAACACUGCAGUAUGCCGCAUGUAUCACACCGUGUAGCAUUUUCAACUUAUAUGAUUUACUGGUUGUCACAGAGUCAAGCCUCACCGAUACAUUUACUGCAUUGUUCACUGGUGCAAUUGUUGGAAUCCUAGAAUUUUGUUCAAACACAGCUAAGUUACCCAUUCAUCUCCUUAAUGAGAAAGGCUUUAUUUUGAACGAAUUAAAGCCCGAUGAGAAAGAAAAAUUACUACGUAAUGUCAAGCUUCAAUUUCGUCACGAAUCAAUUAAGGAAAAUAUUAUGAAGUUUCAGGAACCCGGUAGGCAGGAGAAAAUCCACAGAAUCUGUGGUUUAAGACUAUUUGCAAAUAUUAAAGGAAGAGCUGAACUAACUGAGCUAACUAAACUUGAGUGUUACUCCAUUGCUUAUCACUUUAUGUGCUCAAUCAAAAUUGCAAAUGAAGAUGAAUACCCAACUUACCUGAAAAUCAUUAUUACGGCAGGGUGGUUAGCCUAUACAGCACAUGAAUAUAUUGCUGCACUCAGCUAUUUUCAAACUUCGAUGAAGUUAACCGUAGAUAAUGACAUCUUGAAAAUUUUAGAAUGGAUUGAAAUUCAUAUAUGUUUCUUGAAAGAGAACCAUGAAAAAUGUAUAGAACUUGUUGACCUGGCAUUGGAGAAGUACUGCACAAAGCCUCUAAUUGCUGCUGAGUUCAUGCUCUCAAAACAUAGAUCUUUAACCAAGCUCAACAGAUGGGAGGAAUCUUAUGAAAUAUGCAUCAAAAUACUAAAUAUAUUAGACUUUGAGUUAGAUUUGAGUACUAUGACUGAUUCGGAAGUUGAUAGAUAUACUCACGAUGUCUUGAGGCCCAAACUUCCAUCUUCUAUUUCCGAAAUCCGUCAGCUAUUAAGGAGCAAUGCAAUUAAUACGGAUCAAAGAAUCCUCAUGAUUGAAAAAGUGCUGGUUGAAUUAAAUAGUUUUUCUGUUUACUUGGGAAAAAAAUGUCUAGUACCAUUUUGCAACAUAAUGAAUGUGUGCUUGUUUCUACAAUAUGGCAAAUCAAUUUAUUGUAAUUUCAGUAUGAUCGUGCUCGCAAGCAUAGAAGCAUCUAUUGAUCAGAUUGGUAUAAAGAGGGCGCACGAAUAUUGCAAACUAGGGUUUAGUAUGUCAAAUUAUGGUAGCAUGGAAGCUAUUGAAUUAUUGAAUCUCUCAUUUAGAUGGUAUUUUUUUUUGGUUGGCUCUAUAAUUGAGCCAUGUGAAGUGGUUGAGCAAGCAUUUGAUUCGAUUCCAGUUGUUCCCCAGGUUUUGGAUUCUCAUUUUUCUCGGGCUAUUUUGUUGAAAUUCAAGUUUCAUCUAUGGGUUACGAGGGGAUUAACUGUAUCGAGACUAAUAGAGAGAACACGAUCUUUAAAAGAAAGUACGAUUAAUAACAAAACUGCAGACGAAGUAUAUGACACAAUGUAUUCGAUUGUUACCGGGAUUUUGUACGUUGUUACUGGAGACAUUACUUACGAAGAUUACCUAAAAUAUUCACACAAUGAUGAAACCCUCAGAAUCUACCAUGUUAAACUAAUAUUUAACACUAACAAGUGCUUUGCAUGCUACAUUUUCAAACGUUACGAAAUGGGCGCAGAAAUAGCAUUAAAUGAAAUCACAGAGGAAUGGUCUGAAGAAUUAGCUUCCAUUGAACUGAUCUGGGCGAGGUUUAUGUCUUCUUUGCUAAUAUAUAGUAACCAAAGAAGAUUGAUAAACUCCAAACAGCCACAAACCAAAGACCAAGCAGAUAAGGUCGCUAUAUUGAUGAAAGAAAACAGAACUUACUUCCAAGAGGUUUCUACGCAAAACCCUUCUGUUUUUAUGUGUGUUUAUUUGAUUGUUGACUCGUUGUGCAUGGUUCUCGACAGUACCAAUUUUUCACAGAUUGAUAUCUUAUCUGCCUUUGAAACAGCAGUUGAAGCAUGCAGUGAAUACCAAAAUUUUUUGCUCAAAGCAAUUGUUACAGAAGAGACAGCAAGAUGGUCUGGUUCGGUAUCUAGCAGUAAUAGGUUGGCCAAUAAAUAUUUUAAAAUUGCAUAUGAAAGUUAUAAGACUUGGGGUUUAAAAGUAAAAGUUGAGCAACUCGAGAAGGAGUUAGGUGAUAUUGUAAAUGGUAAUUUAGAUAUGUCACAUAUCAAGCAUCGGCGAAGAGCUUCUACAUCUCUACUUAUAUCCGACUUGAAUGCAUUACAACAAAGCAGCAUGAGCUCUUUUGAUACUAUUCCUGAUCAUAUGGGUAUGAAACCAAAUGUUUCCUUAGAAAGAAGUGUAGAUGAAAGAAGUUCAGAUUCUUCAAUAUUAGCAGCUUUCAGGUUAAAAAACAAUGGCAGUACUGAAGGUGACCCCCUUUCUAAUACAAAUAAUACCCUGUUAUCGGAGUCAAUAUCAGGAAAGCUUGAGACCGCUUCAAAUGGUGAUAGCGUAUAUGGCGACGACGAACCUCCAUCGAGUGUUGGUAUUGAAAGCUCAAGUUUGGGAUUCAGUACGGAAGACGAUGUUGGAUUUAAAAACGAAGCCACUAGCGAUCAAGAAUGGGAUAACUCAAUGGUAAUGGAUCUUUCAGUGAGAAUCGCACAAUCCAAUGAUAUAGAGGAUAUCACGAAAACUCUUCUUGGUUUUGCUUCACGUUUCUUGAAAACAGAUUAUUCUUGCCUAGUAGUGAAUUCCGAUAGUGGCAUUCCUUUUGUUAAGGCUCUUGGUAUGCUAAAUGACGAGUUUAGAUUCCUGGACAAUGAGAUUAUGUCAUUAAGAGGAGACUUAGUUCCAAUUCAGCUAGUUCGAGAAUGUAUGAAAAGAAAUGCAUCUAUUUGGAGAGACUCUGAUAAGUUUUAUUUUGAUAGCAACUUCAAGAACAGGGACCCCUAUUAUGAAAAUAGCAAUUGUGAAAACUGUUUUUGUAUCCCUAUCAGAUCUCCAAACGGGGAAGUAAUUGGUAGUUUAUAUCUGGAGAGCCAUAUGAGGGAAAGUUUUACACAAAGCCGAAAAAUUAAGCAAAUUGAAUAUGUUUGCUUACAAAGCUUUAUCUCGAUCAGCAAAAUUGACAUGUUGGAGAAAUUGCAAAUUGCCAAAGAGGCUGCUGAAGAAGCUACUGCUGAUAAAACAAGUUUCUUGGCUAAUAUGUCACAUGAAAUCAGAACCCCCUUUAAUUCAUUAAUGUCAUGUGCGGUUCUUUUGCUGGAUACAAAGCUAACCAAAUCCCAAAGAAUGUACGUUGAAACAAUUAAAAAUUCUGCACUGGUUACUUUGAAUAUUGUUGAUGGUAUUUUAUCGUUUUCUAAACUGGAGCAUGGUUCAUUAGCGUUGGAUUAUGAACCUUUCAAUCUAACACAGUGCAUUGAGGAUUCUAUCCAGUUAAUUGGUGAUCAAAUCUCACAUAAGAGCUUAGAACUUGUGUUUAUUGAUGAUGCGUAUCCCUUCAAUAUUGUAUUUGGUGAUAAGACGAGAGUAACACAAGUUAUUAUCAACUUGGUUGGUAAUGCUAGUAAAUUCACUAGCGAAGGGCAUAUUUUAAUUAGAAGUAGUUAUACAGAGGUCAGCGAGUCGAGAUACGAAUUCAAGAUUGAGGUUAGUGAUUCAGGAAUUGGUAUUCCCAAAGGAAGUAAGGCUAGAUUGUUUAAAGUUUUCAGUCAGCUUGAUGGGUCAAGUAAGCGUAUAUACGGGGGUUCCGGGCUGGGCCUGGCGAUCUCUAAAAAGUUGGCAGAAUUGAUGGGAGGAGAUUUAGAUUAUGAAAGCACGGAAGGUAAAGGUACCCGUUUCUUCUUCACAUUUACAACUAAAGGUGAGAAAGACAAACUAUUAGAUGUGGCAAAAGAAGUUCAAGAAAAAAAAGUUGUGAUGUUUGAUACCAGAGAAUUAAGCAUUAAAUCUUUGAAGAUAUCAUUACAUAGAGGAGGUAUAAGACCAGAUAACAUUCUUGUGUUUCCCAAAGUUGACGAACAUACGCAGAAAAAAGCGGUUGGAGCAGAUUACAUUUUUAUUUUCAGUGGGCUGAUCACUACAAAGGAAGAAUUGGAAGAAUUGCGAUUAAUAUUCAAGAAGAGCAUUUUAAUUUAUCAAGUUCCGUUUGCUACUAAAAUUCCCGAGUUUGUUGAUUUUGAAGGCGACGAAGAAGAAAGAGACAGGAACAGACAGGGAUCGAAGAGUAUGCAAAAUGACAGUCAACGUUUGGUGGAUUUCAUAUUAUUCAACCCUUAUAAAAUUCGACGUAUUUCUGAAAUAUUGAAUGGAGGAGUUUAUGAAACUGAUUCCCAUAAGAUAAAAAAUUCACGUACAAAUCUAUCUGCAAGAGGAAGGAAAGGACCCGAAAAAAUUGCAGAAAAAUAUCCAUUAUCUAUUCUUAUUGCCGAAGAUAAUAUGAUUAAUAUGAAGGUUGUGAAAUUACAGUUGCAGAGACUGGGGUAUUCAUCCGACCAUGCGAAGGAUGGGGUUGAAGUUAUUGAAAAAUGUUUGGAAAAAGUCGAAAAAGAUGGACAUCCUUACGAUUUGGUAUUUAUGGAUUUACAAAUGCCACGUAAGGAUGGGUUUGAAGCUACUGUAGAAGCUAAAGAACUUUAUGGUGAUAGUAUACGCAUUGUUGCAUUAAGUGCCAAUGUGUAUGCAGAGGAGAAGAAUAGAUGUAUUAAGAUUGGAAUGAGUGGGUUUCUGAACAAACCGUUGCUUCCUGAAGCUUUAUGUUCUCAGCUAAUAGAUACAUAUUAUGCCAAACACGGAGAGAGCAGCCAGUAG